GGACUGAAGGACAGUUAAAGUCAGAAAGAGUUGUGCAUUUACGGAGUUUUGAUUCCAUUUCUACUGCCCUCUUUCUAUCACCUCGUGACAUCCGUCCGUCCUUUCCCCAAUCAUCAACGCAUCCAUAUAGUACUAUCAUUUGUGGCUUCUCGACAUUCUUCUUCAGUAGAACGAGCUGUUGCAUUUGGAUCGGCUGGAAUCAACUCAAUAAUCAUCAGCAUUCAUUGUUGCACGCUUUUAUCUGAUAAAAAGUAAAAUAGCUCAGAUGAUUACGCACGAGCAAGAUCCAGACGUUGUCCGGUGGGGUCUCCAGUUGUUUGACAGUGAUCCCUACUCUAACUGUGCGUAUAGUGGUGCCAUGCCCCAAAACAGUGUAGAUUACUAUCAGGACCAUUACUUCAAAGGUGAUCAUUUCAGUACGGAAUCCAGCAAUGAGGAAAAUCACAAUUUCAAUGCACAGUGUCUCCAGGAAGAAUUGGCUCAGCUUUCAGUCGCUGAACCGCCUUCAAUUCUCCAUCAAAUGACAGAACAUACACAAACACAUUUUUAUCCACAAGACUGGUUUAGUCAACCUAUGGGAAACUACAAUAUUGGAGAAGAGAACUGCGAUGAAGAAGAAACUAAUGAUAGAGCUUCCACUUCAUGCUCUAGCCCAGGAGAAGAGUCAUACACGGGGGAGGACUGGUUGUAUUCGCUUGAAUUGACCGAUGAAUACGAUCUUGAUGGUGAAGUAGGGAAAAGACUGAACCAGAUGAUUCCAAUUCCCCACAUUCCUAGAAUCAAUGGAGAAAUACCGUCAAUUGAUGAGGCAACCUUAGAUCAUCAAAGACUUCUUGGCCGAUUACAGGUUUAUGAACUAGUCGAAUUUAAAGUUCAAGGUGAUGGGAAUUGUCAGUUUCGUGCUUUGUCAGAUCAAUUUUACCGCACCCCUGAGCAUCACAAAUUUGUCAGACAGCAAGUUGUGAAUCAGCUCAAGUCAUGCCCAGAGAUAUACGACGGAUAUGUUCCCAUGGCCUAUCAUGAUUACCUGAACAAGAUGUCAAAGGACGGCGAGUGGGGUGAUCAUGUAACUCUACAAGCAGCUUCUGAUUCGUAUGGUGUAAAAAUAUUCGUCAUAACAUCUUUCAGAGAUACCUGCUACAUUGAGAUACUUCCCACCAUUCAAAAGUCUGAACGAGUUAUCUUCUUGAGCUUUUGGGCCGAGGUUCACUACAACUCAAUAUAUCCUGAACGAGAUAUCACAGCUGUUGAGAUGAAAAAGAAGUACUUGGCCCUUGCAGAUGAACAAUUGGAAUCUCAAGACGGUUACCAAUGAUAGAUUGCUAAUACACGAUGUUUGCCGCAAUGCAUCUGCAAAUUAGCAAUAACCAGCUCAGGUGCAGCCAUUUUUUUCUUGACAUUCUUUCCCAAGAGUAAUAUUUGGUUUGGGGUUGAACUUGCACUAUUCAUCUUUGUUAAUCCAGCAGCAAGUCUAACAUUAUUUUUCAUAUUUCUUACCUUCAGUAUGUCUACCUUGAAUGCAUCUGCAAUAAAUACUCAGAUGCAAAUUAUCUUUAAUAGUCAGAUGUACAGGGAACUCCGCCUGUGUGAGCUUGCUCACAUUGCCGGUCCCAAGCCCGGAUAAAGGAGGAGGGUUGCCGAGGGUCAAUCGGAAACAGCCUCCCUACCCAGGUAGGGGUAAGGCUGCGUACAUCUUACCCUCCCCAGACCCCACUAUUGUGGGAUUACACUGGGUAGUGACCAGUGACCAGACCAGUCAGAUGUACAGGUGAAUAAUCUGAUUUCUGGAAGUAUUAUAUUUAUCUGAUUUAAGUUAACAGCGCU